AUGUCCUCGAACAGCACGGCCAGUCCUGGACAUUGGAUCACCGGCAGCUACACCGGCGACAGCGAUGGGGUGCGCAUCGCCAUCGCCACCUUUGUGGCCGUCGCCUGGUAUAACGUGAUCGAACUGAUCAACUUGAUCUUCCUGACCUUCAAACGCUACCAGGGGCCCUACUUCUGGAGUAUGCUGGUGUCCGCCAUCGGCGUCCUGCCCUACUCCGUCGGCUACCUCAUGAAGUUCUUCGCCCUGACCACCGCCACCUGGCUGCCCAUCACCCUGCUGACCGUCGGCUGGUGGAUGAUGGUUACCGGCCAGUCCUUCGUCCUGUACUCGCGCCUGCAUCUGGUCCUGCGCGACCUGCGCUUGCUGCGGGUCGUGCGCACCAUGAUCAUCCUGAACGUCUUCUUCCUGCACGUUCCCACUACCGUUCUGACCUACAUGGCCAACUUCAACACCUCGCCCACCACCGUGCGCGGCUACGACAUCAUGGAGAAGGUGCAGCUGACCGGCUUCUGCGUGCAGGAGGUCAUCCUGUCCGGCCUGUACAUGUGGGAGACCAACCGCAUGCUGCAGCUGAAUCCCGACCGCGCCACCCAGAAGACCAUCCUGCAGCUGUUCGCCGUGAACCUGGUCUGUAUCCUGAUGGAUAUCGCCCUGAUGAUCAUCGAGUUCCGCAACUUUUACAUCUACCAGACCACCCUGAAGGCCACCAUCUACAGCAUCAAGCUCAAGCUAGAGAUCGCCGUCCUGGGAAAGCUGGUCUUCAUGGCCCAUCAGCACGUCUGGCGCUCGCCCUUCGCCGCCGGCACCGGUCGCACGCCUUCCUUCGUCGACGCCGCCCGCGUCGCGUCCGAUCUGCAUCAUCCCACCCCUUCGCCCAAGUCCGGUCCCGCGCAGCUCGACGAUCUGCACGUCGACGUGCGAUGA